GGAUCUUCUUCACCAGCAAAAGCUUCGAAAAGAAAACUCAGUGAUUGGCUUAUGGUCGUAGUUAGCAAUGGUGGUACUUUGCCUCCACUGAUAGCUGCCCAACCCAAUUACCUCAUCAGUCACUCUCCAUUCUCUGUCAAAGUUGAUCGAAUAUGGUCUGGUUGUAAAAACCCAUCGGUUUACUCUUCUCAUACCACUCUGCCUAGAUUCAAAUGUCAAUUAUCUCAAUUGUACCUGAUCCUGUUGAUCUUUUAUAUUCUGAGGUUUGAUGAAUGUCAAUUAAUUUGUUACAGGGGAUGUUAUAUACAAUGCACACUACCCAUUAGCGGCUCCCAAUAUUAUAUUUGCUGCUGAAGAUGAAAGACUUUUUAUCCAUUUUUUGUUGCUGGUGAUGGGGAAACACCUAAAAGUAGCUUAUGUUAUUGGAAUAUCAUGGAUCCUUCCAAGCUCUUGGCACUAAUUCAUGAACUAAGGUCGUUUAUGUUUGAAUCGAACUAUUUUCUAUUCUUCUGCUUAUAUAUGUGGGAUAUGUUUAUAUCACACAUUGGCACUUCAAAUGGUUUGUUUUGUAGGGAUAUUUACGUACUGUAUCAGAGGAAAAGAAUUGCAGAACUUGACGACAAGAUAUUGAAAUUCGAAAUUAGCACCAUUCUUUCUAGGGAGGUAAGUUAAGAUUCUAAAUGAAAUUAGUGUUGUCUUAUCUUAGAGAUUGUAAUUGUUGAGCUAUGCUUACAACCAUUCAGUUUUAAUCUAUUAACUACAUUUAGUUUGUAUGCAUUCUUCAUGGUCUUAAAUCCUAUUCAAAAAGAAUCUGUUUUGUUCGAUUCAGUAUAGAACUUGUCCAAAACUUAACUGCAUGUAACCUAUCUUUUCUAAUUGACUGUCUACAUUUUGCUAGUACUUUUGUGACUUGAGACUUGAGCAAUCGAUGUCAGUAUUAAUUUAUAUGUUCAUGGAACAAGGAAUUGAAGUCUGUAUGAUUUCGGGGACCUGACAAGGUAAAGAUAUGCUAGAUGAUAUUUAUUGCUUCUUGGUGGCUUGGUGCCAUAGUUCUCCAUGAUUACAUUACUAUAUUCACAUUUAGUCUUGGUUAAUUUGUUUUUCCUUGAAUUUUAGUGUAGCCAGAAGAAGUUAGAUUCACUGUACCUUUGCUGGACAUGGAUAUAAAUAAAGAUGCUUAAUCUUUCCUUAUAUCCCAAAGUUUUAAAUAGGAUGACUAUAGUUUGAAGUUUUUGUAGAAGCAAAAUGGUUAGUAGGACAAUUUGGUCUUCAAUUCUCUCAUGGUCUUGUUAAAGUUCCAAACAGCAACUGUUGCUGAGGUUUCUCUCUUAUGGCAAAUAGGCAGAGAAGACAGGUGGAGACUGUAGUUGUUUCUCAGUUUGAUUGCUCCUAGAAUGUAGUGAUCUAGCUUACAAGUUAACCUUUUACGGUAUACUUUUUAUUAAUCAAAGUUGAUUAAAUAUCUAAACAUAUGAUCAAAAUAAUAUAUCACGAAAAACUACAAAAUAUGGAUCAAAAUAACUUGAGAUUUGAUAAUUCAAGAAUGAUUCUUGUUAUUUUCCUUCUUGGAUGAUGUAAUAUUAGAUUAGAUUAGUGCAGGUCGUAUUUCCCAUUAGGAGAAGAUAUGCUCCGGCGCUUUCUGCUCCUAAAAUGAAACUAGUCUCUUCCUCAGAACUGAAAGCACUAUUCUGUGUUAAAGUGUGAAGCUUCUUCCAUGGUUAGAAGGAACGUAAGUACCACAUCCUAACAUUAUGGUUGCACCGGCUUUCCAACAGAUCACAGCUGUUUUCGUUAAUAUUUCUUAUUGUCUUGUUUUGAUCUAUCAAAGGUGCAUGACUGAAUAUCUGCCUAAUUUAGAGGAAACUCUCAAGCUUCGGGUAUUAUUAUAUGCUGUUAAAAGAUCAUUAUCUACAUUAGAUGAUAUAGUUUCUUCUUACGAGUUUAUAACAGUUUGUCACUGCUGGUAGGUCUAAAAUCCUCCAUGAUACUUCGUUUGUAGAUUGUUGAUGCUGUUGCAUCAGUUAGUGCUAGAAGACGCUUUAUAGAGGCUUUAGCUCCAAUAUGUGGUGGAAGCCCCAUAGAGCAGAUCCAGUAUGCAUAAUAAAAAUAUGUUGAUUUUUCUUACUAUCUGAUCAGUUACCGAUUAUUAUUUGUUUUGGGUGGGUGAUUGUUCUCUACCAUCAGGUCUUUUGCAGAAAGUCCACACUUCUUGCUGCAACUGGGGUGUUUAUGUUUCUGGAAUGAUAGAGCUGUGACUUAUGCUUGUUUAGUUAUGUGUAUGGUUACUGAUGGAAGUAGGGAAUUAUUUCCAGAAGUGUUUUAUCUAAGUGAGAGAUUUUGUGCCUGAAAACACUAGUAUGUUUCCCUAAUUCUUUCAGAUAACAUUAACACUGCUUGUUUUUCUUUGUAAACGAAUUUAUAAGUUACAAAUCAGAGUUUAUAGUUGACCUGUUUGGGAACAAACCAACAAAGCAUCAGAUUUUCUCUUAUAUAAGCACCGACUCGUAACUUCUUCUACACCGGAGAGAGAUUUUAGAACUCUAUAGGAAUUAGAGAGGCUCUACAUGUACAAGGGAGGACAUUGUGGGAAUCAAAUCGGAGCAAAAUUCUGGGAAGUGAUAUGUGAUGAAGGUUUAAAGGAGGGAGUAUCAGAUCUACAAUUAGAAAGGAAUAAUGUGUACUAUAGUGAAGCACCGGGUGGAAGAUAUGUACCAACAGCUGUACUUAUGGAUCUUGAACCUGGUACUAUGGAUGCUAUUAGAUCUGGUCAAUUUGGUCAGAUCUAUCAUCCUGAUAAUUUUGUAUUUGGACAAUCUAGUGCUGGUAAUAAUUGGGCUAAAGGUCAUUAUACUGAAGGUGCUGAGUUGAAUGAUUCAGUUCUUGAUGUUGUUAGAAAAGAGGCUGAGAAUUGUGUUUGUCUUCAAGGUUUUCGAGUAUGUCCCUCCCUUGGAGGUGGAACUGGGUCUGGUAUGGGAACCCUUCUAAUAUCAAAGAUGAGAGAAGAAUACCCAGAUAGAAUGAUGCUGACAUUCUCAGUUUUUCCCUCUCCUAAGGUGUUAAACACUGUUGUGGAGCCAUACAAUGCCACUCUACCAGUCCACCAACUUGUGGAGAACGCGGAUGAAUGGAUGGUCCUGGAUAAUGAGGCUCUGUACGACAUCUGCUUCAGAACCUUAAAGCUGAGCACUCCCAGCUGUAAGUAUUUGAUUAGUCACUUAAGCUUAACGUGGUCGUCAUCGAGUAUAUGUCUGAUAUCUAUGAAUAGCGAAAAGCUUGGCAUAAACCACAUCUUUUUGUAUAAAUACCGUUGGAGAUCUUGACCAACUCAUCUGAGCAACCAUGAGUGGUGUCACUUGCUGCCUAUGUUUCCCAGGACAGCUGAACUCUGAUCUUAGAAAGUUGGCUGUGAACCUUAUCCCAUUUCCUCGUCUCCAUUUUUUCAUGGUGGGAUUUGCUCCACUCACCUCCCAUGGAUCUCAGCGAUACAUCUCUCUUACUGUUCCUGAGCUGACUCAGCAGAUGUGGGAUUCCAAAAACAUGAUGUGUGCUGCAGAUCCUCGUCAUGGUCGUUAUCUCACAGCCUCUGCCAUGUUCAGAGGAAAGAUGAGCACUAAGGAGGUCGAUGAACAGAUGAUAAACGUGCAGAAUAAGA